AUGAGUCUAUCUUCAAUUCCAACAAUAGCUCAACUAUUCAAGAAUGGUCAAUUAAAGUCAGCAAGCGGAAGCAAAUUACCGUCUUAUGCAUCUGUUUCUGAUCGAAUCUCAUUACAUCAAGGUGAUAUCACACAAUUACAAGUAGAUGCAAUCGUCAAUGCAGCCAAUGAAACAUUGCUGGGUGGUGGAGGAGUAGACGGUGCGAUUCAUAGAGCUGCGGGAAAAGAACUUUUGGCUGAAUGUAAAACCCUGAAUGGCUGUAAAACAGGUGAUGCAAAAAUCACAAAAGGCUAUCAAUUACCUGCUUCGCAUAUCAUUCAUACCGUUGGACCGGUUUAUGCAAAAGGUAGGACGGAAGAAAGUAAACGUGCUCUGCAAUCUGCAUACAAAAGAAGUUUACAAGAAGCUGCAAAGGCAAAACUUAAGAGUAUUGCUUUUCCUUCCAUCUCGACUGGUGUGUAUGGCUAUCCUAUGGAUGACGCAACCGAUGUAGCACUAGAAACUGUUGGAACGUUCCUGAACAGCAAAGAGGGUGAUUCUCUCCAACGGGUAAUCUUUUGCGUAUUCAGCGAAAAAGAUUUGAAAGUAUACGAAAAGCACAUUCCACAACAUUUCUCUGAUUGA